UCCAAAUGUACAAAUUGAAGUCAAUCAGAAAUAAUUAGAAUUCAAUUUACGAAAAGUUGCAAUCAUGAGUAAACUUAAGACUUCGUUUUCUCGGAGAAGAAAUUCACCAGAAGGAGUGAAGCCUGUGCCGUCUAUCAUUAUAAUGAGACGGACGAAAGUGAGGAAACUCGUGAAAGGAUCUAUACUCGGAUAUUUUGGGGGAGUUGUUUUAACGUACAUGUGGUUUCUGUUUUUUGCUACCCAAUUGAACUUCUCCCUGAGCAAGUCUAGAAACCUGGGGAUUGCUUUGGCUAUCAUCUUGACGAUUGGGCUAGCGUUCAUCAGAACCGUACGAUGCAUCGUUAUUCUCAUUCUGCCAAACUUUUUCAGUGUAAAAGGACGAUCCGCUUUAGUAGCGUAUACUUUUGUUUUAGCAGUAACUGGGCCUACGAAGAAUAUAAUUGACAAUGUUGAUGUCCUCUCAACUAGUUUGUCUUGUGGACAAGAGCAAUUAAAAGGAGCAUUGGAAGGAAUGUUGGAAGUUGUCAAACGGCCACUAUAUGCGAUCAAAAAUGCUGUUAAGCUUGCUGUUCGAGCUAUGAAGAAAACUCUGGAAAAAAUUGAGAAAGUUUUGAGAAUGGUUAAAGAUCUCAUCAGUGAAAUAUUGAAAGCUAUAAGGCAGGCUUUUGAAUGGCUAGGAAGCGUAGUGAAUAUAUGUAACAAACAAAUGGGUACGCCUUACCAACGAUGUGUAGAUAUGUUCGAAGAAGGAAGAAGGGAAUCAACCGACUGGGAUCUCUUAAAUUUUCUCUGCAAUGUUACAUACAUAGUGAAGACCAUAUGCUAUGCUGUCAAAUUCAUAGACUAUGUUUGUAUCCUGGUGGACUUUGUGAGUGAUGCCAUCGUUGGUACCGUAACCCGGAAACUGAAUAUGUUCAUUCAAGAGAUAAAAAACAUGUUCUACGUGUCCGUGAAAUUCGAUCAUAAAUUCAACUUACUGCAUUCCUCAAAAAAUCUUUCGCAAGUGGGAGCAGAUAUCCUGGCUGAUGUUCGCCAGCGUUCACGAGGGAUUUUCUUUGUUAUGGGAUGGAUGGAAAUGUUGGCCAGCCUUUUUAUUCUCAGAAUUGUUUUUGAAGUAAGAUAUGUACGAAUAACGUCCUGCUUCCUAGUUAAAGCGGAAAAGUUGAAAACUAGCCAGUCUGCUAUGUUCCUUAUGAUUACUACGAUACAACUGUUGACAAUUUGCACAGUCGAUUAUUCAUUUUAUUGGCUGCUGUGGACGAUACGGUCACACGGAAGGAAAAUGGCUGGCAUUGAAAGUAACGCAUUUUCGCGUUUUCCUCCAAUGGCUGAGAAGUACGACAUUGAUCCUAUACCAUGUCUGCCUGAUCCCAAGCCGCCGAAGUAUGACCGGUAUGUUCAGAUAGGAGUUUUGUUAUUAACCUGUUGGGCUUUUUUGGUAUUCGAACCUUACGGACUGCGAUUACGACAGAUUAUAAUGAGGAAUUUUUAUCCAGAACGUUCUAAGGAGCGCGCAGUGUGGUUGCACAGCCAGAUUCUUAUGAGAAGAACAAGCUUUCUGAAAUUCGCUAGACGGAAAGCUCGGCUAGAAUUCGGAAAGAAUAAGAAAGCGGAUAAAAUAUCGUGCCUAGAUUGGCUACGUGCUAAGACGGAUGGGUGCUGGAUAAUGCGAAAAAUACUGGGAAAAAGUAGCACUGUAAGAUGCAUGCUGUGUGCUUCCCCAAUAACAAACGCCGAAGAUGUUGUCCAGUGCCCUAAACCUGGCUGCAGAGGAAAGUACUGCAAAGAGUGUUUUAGUGAAAUGAAGAACAAAUGCUUCUUGUGCUCAGAACCAGUUGAAUAUGGAGAUUUUAGUGAUUUAUCUGAAGAAAAGUAA